UGUUGUCGUGUUCUGCUGGUAUUGAGACUGGUGCUAGUUCUGCAUACCAAUUCCCUCCAAAUUUGCCUGACAAAAAUGGUGAUCUUGAUCAGCAACAAAAUGUUCCAGUGUUGCCACCCCAAGAAGGGAAUUUUAAUGACCAGUGUCGUCUGCCAAAUAUCAAUGUUGGAGGAGGAAAUGUUGAAAAUUCCAAUAGAGGUUUCAUGGAUAAUACUAGUACUGUAGUUGCUACUCCUACCUUGAUCAACAACAACAAUAUUUCUCAUGAACAAGAAUCGGCCAGGGACCCUGAUAUCUUCAUGAUGCCCGAUGAUUUUUUCCCGUAUGAGCAGGAUAACUAUCAACCUCCUUCUCAGCAACAAGAUGGAGGUCACGAUCAACUUCCUUAUCAAGUUGAAGUGCCGGACCCUGCUGCGCACCAAGUUCCCAACCUUUCUGCGGACCAAGUUCCAAACCCUGGCCCAUACCAUGUCGAAGAACAUAUAUGGGAUGCUGAUAUACAGUAUGCUGAUAUAUUGGAUGGUGGUAUAUGGGAGGCUGAUCCGUGCUAUUGGAUAUAGGAUACAAUAUGGGUCCCUACAAUUUCUAUUUCCUAGAUACCCAUAACCAGCCACUGCUCCUUGGCUCCAUGGAUGAGGAUGCUUCAAAAGUGCUCUUUGCACUUGCUUCUAGGAUUAUGGUAUUGAAGGUAAUUUACUAUAAGUUGUAUUGAAGGCAGUCAAAAACCGAGCAAGGAACGAUCCGAAUCCAGUCGUUUGAAUGAGAGGUUUAUCCCGUUUACUUGUUGGUCAUGUCCAAUCGAGGAAUUGAAUUGGGGUUUGAGCUUUGGCCUCUAUAAUACCAAAAGGAGAAAAAAGGAAUUAUAUUGACUGGAGGUGAUAAUUAAUGUUAAUGAUUCGGGAUUUGAAGUUGUUUGAGCACCUUUUAUUCGUUUUAGUUUUGUUUUCUUUGGACUUUUAUUCAUCAUCACUUUUGAAACAUUGCAUAUUAAACAAUUAAACAAUUAGAGGAACAAGUAUCUUGUGUAAAAUCACCAUUACUAUAAGUUUGUCUAAGAGACCGGGAAAAGAACCAA